CUUGUAUUGAACCGUUACAUAGAUUGUUUAGUUUUAUACGUUUCCAUAUCUUCAAUAAACUCAGAUUGAUUAAAGAGUCAUCAAAUUAGUUUACAGUCGUAAUCUGUUUAUAAAGUUUUUCUUUUGAUACUUAGUAUUUUAAAUAGAUUGAUCCAUUUCCUUUCAUUUCCUUUAGUUGGAUUCAAUUGUGUGUACCAAAUAAUCAUCUAAUCAGUUAAAAUGUCUGCUUACGACGACGACGAAGCUCUCUUCGAAGAUAUCUAUGGUGAUGACGAACAACCAACCACCACUACUACUGCUGCAGAAGGCUCCAAAGACUCUCUGGCUUCUGAUAAAAACGAGACUGACAAGCCUGCAGAAGCAGACGCUUCUGCCCCUGAUGCUGCAAAUAAAAAUGAAACUCCUCAAUCUUCAUCUAUACCCUUAGCGGCCCCUUCUAUUCCUCCAAUUCCUAAUAUUCCAUCAAAUCCACUGCAAGACCCAUCUUCUACACAACAACCUAUUGAUCCGCUGCAAAAUCCUCAAUUAUUCCAACAAUUCCAACAGUUCCAACAACAGCAACAACAGCAACAACAGCAACAACAGCAGCAACAACAACCAGUAGCACAGCAGCAACCUGUUCAAAUGGCGCCAUCCACCUUGGGUAAGGAAAGUGGUAAAAUGUUCAUUGGUGGUCUCAACUGGGAAACUGAUGAAGAAAAAUUGAAAAGUUACUUUUCGCAAUUCGGUAAUGUUGUUGAACAAACUAUUAUGAGAGAUGCUGCUACUGGUAGAUCUCGUGGGUUUGCCUUCUUGUCAUUUGACAAUCCAAGUUCUGUUGAUGCAGUUAUUCUGAAAGAACAUAUUUUGGAUGGUAAGUUGAUUGAUCCUAAAAGAGCCAUUGCAAGAGAAGAACAAGAUAAAGUUGGUAAAAUCUUUGUUGGUGGUAUCGAUCCUAUGGUCACUGAAAAAGAGUUUAACGAAUUUUUCUCUCAAUUCGGGCACAUUGUAGAUGCUCAAUUAAUGAUUGAUAAAGAUUCUGGUAGAUCAAGAGGUUUUGGGUUCAUUACUUAUGACUCUGCUGAUGCUUGUGAUAGAGUUACUGUUAAUAAGUAUUUGUCCUUAAGAGGUAAGGCUAUGGAAGUUAAAAAAGCUGAACCUAGAAAUAUUCAUAAUAGAAAUGAAAUGCAAGCAAGACAAAAUAGAACCCAACCAUCUAUGCAAUAUCCUUACGGUUCUCAAUAUGGUGCUCAAUAUGGUCAAAUGCAAGUACCUGGUGCUCAAAAUGCCGCUUAUGGCCAGACUAUCAAUGGUAUGAGUCCAGAGAUGAUGCAAGAAUAUUGGCAAAGAAUGCAACAGUGGUACAUGUUUCAACAACAACAACAGGGCCAAGAUGGUGCUUCUACUGAGGGUCAAAAUGAUGAUAAUGCACAUCAACCAGAUCAACCAGACCAACAACCUCUCAAUCCUCAACAACAAGCUCCGGUAGAGCCUCAAGAACAAGAACAAGAGAGACCAAAACAACCUUCCAAGUCUAACUCCCAAUCAAAUUCUUAUUCAGAUUCUAACUCUAAUUCCGGAAAUCAUAAUGGCCGUGGAUACGGCCAUCAUGGAAAUGGUAAUGGUAAUGGGAAUGGGUACUCUUUCAGAGAAAAAAGAAAUUAUAACAGUGUUCCAAGAGGUCCUAGACGUGGUGUUCCAUCCGGUCCAGGUGGAGGAAGAGGGGGAGGUAGAGGUGGCUACCAAAAUAGAAGCCGUGGUUACCAUCCUUACAGUAGAGGUGGAAGAAGAAGCUAGGCGUGUUUUCUGAAAUCUCAAUACGACAACUUGAAAAUCCAAAAAAUCGAAUAAAAAGAUAAAUAGUUUUCAAAAACGAAAAAAAAUAUACAAACUAAAGGUUGUAAAAAUGUUUAAAUAUAGUAAUAUUAUAUGUUCUCUCUAUAUAAAUAUCUAAAAUACA